CCCCUGGGCGUCAGAAAGACAGCAAACCACCCAGAAGGAUCAGCUUGUGGACUGUCUUGGAGGAGGACUACUGAGUAGAUAGACAAGAGGUCAACCCCACCCAGUCUCAGCGACACAUAGCAUGGCUACGGCGAGCACCUCAGGGCAGAGCACCUUCGGGCUUGGGAGGAAAAAGAAGGCUCCAGGACUCAUGGAUCAGAUUAGCAAAUUCUUUGGAGGAGACAAAAAGAAAAGGAGCAAGGGGUCAUUCCGGGGUCACCUGGCCUCCUCACCCCAGCAAUCCUCUUCUCGCCGCCGGACCAAUGAAAAUGCUGUGGUGCAUUUCUUCAGGAGCAUUGUUUCCUCUCCUCGUCCCAAAUCCAGGUGGAGAGAUGUCUUGGGCUUGGCCUCGUCGCCGCGUGCUGAGAGCACAAAGUCGCCGGUCAGAAGACGCAGAGACCAAAGUACACUGUCCAGAAUCUUCAACCUGUGACGCUCUCAUCAGAGACCAGGAGAAACCAAGUCCCGUCCACCCCCUAAACGCUGGAGCACCAUCUUCUAAGCUCUCCGCCGAGGACCAAACCACAGAUCCAACGCCGAUGGGACAAGACGGAGGAGGAGGAACAGAUCUGCACGCGGCGGACUCACAACCUCAAGAAAUGUUAACUCACUAACACAAGCCUCGUGUAUCUUUAGACAGUGACACAACAUUGACACAGUAUAAAAAUCCACUCUCCAGGGAUGUAGGCAGUCACCGUGCCAGUUUUCUUUUUAAUCCUACUUCUAUGGGUAUCUUGUCUUAGUCAUGAUUUAGCUGUUCGUGAGAGGUUUAGUCACGCUUUUAGUAAAAUAUCCUUCUGUAAAAAUCACCCAUUCGAGUAUCUUGGUCUGAUGGUGCUAGUGUCUGCUGUCUGCUGUCUGAGGUUUGUUCCUGGCAGAUGUUCGUUUUUCUAUUCGUCUCCCGUCGUCUGCAUUUUGUACAUGAGUGACGCUUUACGUAUCUCGCUGCUUUCUAGAAACACGACUCACACGCAAACAACAAACUGGUGUUUCUGUUUCAUAUGUGAACUCUAGAUGGAGAGUGGUCCUGUUUGUGCCUGAGUGAAACGCAUGUCGCCAAGAAAUGCACCUGGAAAUACAACUGGGAGCCUGUAAGAGUAGCUCUAAUAUUGUUUUUAUGUAACAGUUUUGUGUCCUCAUGCCUCAGUGUAAUUAAUAAACAUGUACAGUAUGAUGCUGUCCAAGUCUAUCAAAUGAAAAGAAUAAAAUGCCCUUUUUAAAUGCACUGUCACAUAACAGAAAAUGUCCCUAAAUAAAACUGGUCUGCUGUCUUUCCCAUAUAGUUGCUUUUGCAUCAAUCUCAUUUAUUGUUAGUUAUCUGUUUGCAUCUUAAAUUAAGUUUGAAGUUUUAAUGUUGUUUGUGUUUUAUUUAAAAGACGACAGACAAAAGGUUUAAGGUGUUAACUGAUGGUCAGAUCGUAAGUGGUUCAGUGGUAUAAGGCGGAAGCAGCCAGAUGGCACGAGGAGUAUGAAGGACAGUAUGUUGAUUUCCAAAUGUUCUGACGCGUAAUUGUCAUUUUUAUUUUGUUCAUAAUAAAUUACACUGCCACUCUCAUUUGUACAUGACCUGUUUGUAUGUUCACUUUAACUGUAAAGUCAAAAGCACUGUAAAGGUGUGGUUUUCGCUGACAUGUGGUGGUGCUACAGGAAUAAGAACUGAUACAUAGCAAACUGAGUGUUGUGUUUCCUCUUCAUGUAAAACUCCUGUUUUUUAAUGUUCAGCUUAACUGAAAAUAAACACUUUGUCAGAGUUA